AUGUCGUCCUACAUCAUCGGACUUAACAGUGGCUCGUCAUUUGACGGCGUUGACGCUGUCUUAUGCAAGAUAUCAAUGAGUGAAGAUGGCCACCCCGCGCGUCCUGAAUACGUGGAUGGCCUCACCGUCGACUGGCCACCAGAGCUAGAGACGGCUGUUCUUAAGGCUUUCAACAACGAACUGUCCUUGUUCGAAAUGACCCGUGUGAACUAUGCGGCUGGCGCACUCUACGCGGAGGCGACCAACGCCCUGCUCGCCAAAGUCGGCCUUAAAGCGUCCGAUAUUGAUGUUAUCGGCUACGACGAGCCUCCCGACAGGCAGAAGGAGAAGGCAUACGUGCUCAGCGGCAGCCAAAGUCUUGUCGAUAGAUGGCUAAAGGGCGGAUUUCCCUGCGGCUUCUUCAUCGCCGAGUCAGGUGUCGUCGCGGCGCUCACGGACAUCGAUACCGUCACUCAAUUUAGACCGCUCGACCAUGCUCUGGGUGGUUCAGCGGCACCCCUGAUGCAGUACCUCGAUUUCGUCGCUUUUCGAGAGGAUGGUCCCACGGUAACCUUGAAUAUUGGCGGAAUUGCAAACCUGCAACUGGCCAAUAAGGAUAGAAGUAAGAUGAUGGCGUUUGACACAGGACCAGGCAAUGUCAUGAUCGAUCAUAUUGCCCGUGUGCGGACAGACAGGGGCUACGACAAGGAUGGUGAGCUGGCUUCGAAGGGCUCCAUCAUCCAACCUCUCCUUGACCAGCUUCACCAGCAUGAAUUCUACACCCGGAAGCCACCACGAUCGGCCUGGCGCCUGGAUUUCGGCGCAGCCUAUGCCGACGCCAUCAUGGAGCAGUACGCGUCUUCAUCGACCGAGGACAUCGUUGCGACGCUUACACGCUUUACUGCCAUCUCCAUCACACGGAGCCUGGUCGAGCACGUUCUACCACGCGGUCCCAUUAAACAAGUCAUAGCUUCUGGCGGCGGUACUCGCAAUAUCACGCUGAUGGCUAUGCUGGCCGAGGAAAUUGGGAAACAUGGCUUGACGGUGACGGUCAGCGACUCUGUCGGCAUCCCCGCCGCUUAUAAGGAAGCUAUCAAGUUUGCAACUCUGGCAUAUGCCAAUAAACGACAGCUUGCGAACAACAUCCCCGCUGCCGGGGGUGCAUCGAGAUUCGCAAUUCUGGGCAAGCUGUCCUGGGCGCCAUCAAAGGGGCAAAAUGCCGAGGAAGUCCUUGGCAGGGAUGCCAAGGUGCUUGGAAUUGAGUAG